AAAAUGUUGGAAUUUUUUAAUGAAAUUUUAUAAUAUCAAGUUAUUUUUCAUUAUAGUCCAUAUCUCCAGUUAUUCGUUGUGAAAAGUGUUAACAUUACAAAAUAUAUCAAUAAUUUGGUGUGUGACCACCCCUUGCUAAUUAGCUGACCAACACUUUCCCUCUCUCUUAGUAGCUUUGCUUUCAGUCAAAACUAGGUUUUGCCGGAGGGAGUUUCAAAACGUCUGUGUUGCAGGUAGGCGGGACCAGAGAAGAGAGAAAAGGAGGAGCUGGAGUUGGAAGGACCACAUCACUGAGAUUCAGCAUAAACUGAGAUCUACUUCCCUGGACCCCACGUGGACACAGCUUCCCCAAGGACAGGGAAAUUCUAGUGAUUCUUUAGGAAGACAGCCAGAUCGAGCCAGAGAAAGCAUUCUUAGUAGCCUGGGGCACCACUCCUAGAUGUUUCUAAAAAGGCGUAAAUGUGAUGUCAUGCCCGUUGUUUUGGUACGGCCGACCAAUAGGACUCACCUCCUGGAUUCUACAGGAGCCGGGAUGGGCCCUUCCUCUCACCAGCAGCAGGACUCCCCUCUUUCUACCAUAACGCAUUGCGCAGGGUGCACCACCGCCAGGUCUCCCUGCAGCUUUAAUAGUUCUGAUAUGGAAACCUCAUUGCAGUUGCAGCGAGACUUCUUUCCCGAGCAGCAGCAACAGCAGCAAAACCAGCAACAGCCGCAGCAGCAGACGCAAGACAAACCGUGCCUCUCCUUUCAGCAGCACUCAAAGCAGCAUUACUAUCACCACCACCAGCAGCAGCAGCAGCAGCCGCCGCCGCCACAGAUACACCAGUGGCAACCGGGCAGUAGCGGCAGUAGCUCAUGCCUUCAGUGCAACAGCUGCGCCUCCUCCAGCGCCCAGGUGGCGGGGGGAAGGGUAGGGGAUAAUCUGCCUCUGCUGCUCCGCACCUCAUCACCCGGCAGCGUUUUUGGAACCCGCAACUCCUCGCCUGUUUCCACCUCAUCCUGCUGCUGCUGUUCUUCUCGGAGGGGCAGCCAGCUCAAUGUGGGUGAGCUGAAUCCAUCUAGCCAUGCCAGUGUCCCCAGGAAGCAGCAACAGCAGUUCCCACAGUACCAAUACCCUUCCCAGUACCACCAGUGCAGCUUGCAGCAGGCUGCCAGCCCCACUAGCAGCCUCAGAAGCAGCGGCGGUGGCAGCGGGCACCUCCACCACCAUCGCCAUCACCACCACCAGCAGCAGCAGCUGCAGCAGGUUCGCCGGGAAAGCAACCCCUUCACUGAAAUAGCCAUGAGCAGCUGCAGGUACAACGGAGGAGUGAUGCGUCCACUCAGCAACUUAAGCUCCUCCCGCAGGAACCUGCAUGAGAUGGACUCAGAGUCUCAGCCCCUGCAGCCCUCAGCUUCUGGAGGAUGUAGAUCUAAUUCCCCAGCUGCAGUGGUUCCUCCUCCUCCUGCUGCCCCCUCUUCCUCAGCCCCGGAGAUAGUAGUGUCCAAGCCCGAGCACAAUAACUCUAACAAUCUAGCGCUGUACGGGAGUGGUGGUGGUGGUGGUGGUGGAGGAGAUGGAGGAGGUGGGGGUGGAGGUGGGAGAAGCCCCGGACCGGGCAGCAGCGGCGGGACCAAGUCUAGCAAGAAGAAAAACCAGAACAUAGGUUACAGGCUAGGCCUUCGGAGAGCCUUGUUUGAGAAGAGAAAGCGGCUCAGCGACUACGCUCUCAUCUUCGGCAUGUUCGGGAUUGUGGUCAUGGUCAUUGAGACUGAGCUGUCCUGGGGCGCCUACGACAAGGCAUCCCUAUAUUCCCUAGCUCUGAAAUGCCUUAUCAGCCUCUCCACAAUUAUCCUGCUUGGUCUUAUUAUUGUGUAUCACGCCAGAGAGAUCCAGUUGUUCAUGGUGGACAAUGGAGCAGAUGACUGGAGAAUAGCCAUGACUUAUGAACGUAUUUUUUUCAUCUGUUUGGAAAUACUGGUGUGUGCUAUUCAUCCCAUACCUGGGAAUUAUACCUUCACAUGGACAGCCCGGCUUGCCUUCUCCUAUACCUCAUCCACAACAACUGCUGAUGUGGAUAUCAUUUUGUCUAUACCAAUGUUCUUAAGACUCUAUCUUAUUGCCAGAGUUAUGCUUUUACAUAGCAAACUUUUCACUGAUGCCUCCUCUAGAAGCAUUGGAGCUCUUAAUAAAAUAAACUUCAAUACACGUUUUGUUAUGAAGACUUUAAUGACUAUAUGUCCAGGAACUGUACUGCUGGUUUUUAGUAUCUCCUUAUGGAUAAUUGCUGCAUGGACUGUCCGAGCCUGUGAAAGGUACCAUGAUCAACAAGAUGUCACUAGCAAUUUCCUUGGAGCAAUGUGGUUGAUUUCAAUAACUUUUCUUUCCAUUGGUUAUGGUGACAUGGUACCUAAUACGUAUUGUGGAAAAGGAGUCUGUUUACUUACUGGAAUUAUGGGUGCUGGUUGCACUGCACUGGUGGUUGCUGUGGUUGCAAGGAAAUUAGAACUUACCAAAGCUGAAAAACAUGUGCAUAAUUUCAUGAUGGACACCCAGCUAACCAAAAGAGUGAAAAAUGCAGCUGCCAAUGUACUCAGGGAAACAUGGCUAAUUUACAAAAAUACAAAGCUGGUAAAAAAAAUAGAUCAUUCAAGAGUAAGAAAACAUCAGCGUAAAUUCUUACAAGCAAUUCAUCAAGCUCGGAAAUUAAGAAGCGUAAAAAUGGAACAAAGGAAACUAAAUGACCAAGCAAAUACAUUGGUGGACCUGGUCAAGACACAGAGCAUCAUGUAUGACAUGAUUUCUGAUCUAAAUGAAAGAAGUGAAGAAAUUGACAAGAGGGUAAUAACCCUGGAAAAUAAGUUAGAGUCUUUGAUUGGUAACAUUCAAGCCCUUCCUGAACUGAUAAGUCAGACGAUCAGUAAACAACAACAGGAUUUCAUGGAAACUCAGAUGCAAAACUACAACCAGAAUGCUGCCUACAGCGCAGAGCGGUCACGGUCCUUGACCCGAAGGAGGUCCUCCUCUACAGCACCACCAACUUCAUCAGAGAGUAGCUAGAAGAGAAUAAGUUAACCACAAAAUAAAAGACUUUUUGCCAUCAUAUGGUCAAUAUUUUAGCUUUUAUUGUAAAGCCCUAUGGUUCUAAUCAGUGUUAUCUGGGUUCUGAUGUCAGAAUUCUGGGAACCUGAACACAAUGUUUUAGGCCAAAAUGAGUGAAAACUCUUUUUUUUCUUUCAGAUACACAGGGAAUGCACCUAUUAUUACUAUAUAGAUUGUUCCUCCUGUAAUUCCACUAACUUUUUAUUCAUGCACUUCAAACUUUACUACUACAGUAUAUAAUAUAAUAAAAAGGUUAAUUUCUGCAUAUAUUUGCUUUAUCACUCCAACAUAACUUUGAAAAAUCAUAUUUUUGCAUUAUCUUCAAGAGCAAAUGAUCAGUGAGAACAGUUAUAUACCAAUAACACUAAUUUCCAAAAUUUCAAUCUGUUGGGAAAAAAAGUUAAAUUCCUUGGUGCAGUAUUCUUUCAAAUAGUAUAUAAAAUAAGGUCACUAACAUAGCCACCUUUCCAUUUGUAAAACUUAAGGGUUUCUGAUUAAAUUGUAAGUUAAAGACUAGGUUCACUUUUAUCAGGGAAACAAUGGCACAGGUGUCACAAGCUAUUUGACUAAUCAAUUUUCUCCAUAGAAAAUUAGCAUAAUAAUGGUGCCAAGAGUAAGCCAAAAUGAAGUAAUAUUUUCUUAAAUGGAAUUUUAGAAUUUUAACCUUCUACAAAAUAGAUAUUUCAUAACUUCCCUUUUAUUCAUUGAUCAUGGACUAUCUUUUUUGCUUUCAAGAACAUAUGCUUAAUAGAAAGGAGAAUCAAUAUAAGAGGUGCUUUCAUUUUCAUAGACCUUUUUUUAACUAUAACAUGCCAUAAUUACUUUCUCUAGGUCUGAAAUAAAGUUGGGAACAUUUUUGUUCAUGUUUCUAAAAU